GCGAGGUGACCACAACAUGGCUGCGGCGCCGGGGCUCCUCUUGUGGCUGCUCCUGCUCAGGCCGCUGUGGCGGGUACCCGGCCAGCCGGACCCCGAUACCGUCCGGCGCUUCUCGCAGCACAAACUCUGCGCGGACGACGAAUGCAGCAUGUUAAUGUACCGGGGUGAGGCUCUGGAAGAUUUUACAGGCCCGGAUUGUCGUUUUGUGAAUUUUAAAAAAGGUGACCCUGUAUAUGUCUACUAUAAACUGGCAGGUGGAUCGCCUGAAGUUUGGGCUGGAAGUGUUGGGCGUACUUUUGGAUAUUUUCCAAAGGAUUUAAUCCGCAUAGUCCAUGAAUAUACUCAAGCAGAGCUACAAGUUCCAACAGAUGAGACAGAUUUUGUUUGUUUCGAUGGGGGAAGAGAUGAUUUUGAUAAUUACAAUGUAGAAGAACUUCUAGGAUUUUUGGAAUUGUACGAUUCUGCCACUGGAGAUUCUGCGGAAGUUAAAGAAGAAACUUCUCAGUAUGUGGAAGAACCUCUUGAGGCGUCUAAAGGAAGUGACCCUGAACCUGAGCCAGUAGAACCCAACUCAGAGGAAAGUGAAAGUAUAUUAUCAGAAAACACUAAGGAACUCAGGGAAAGACAUGAGGCUCAGAAGAGCCGCCCCCAUGUAAAUAGUCAAACGGGUCCUGCUCAGGGAGAGCGAUCUUCAUUUGAACCUUUUGGAGAAAUGCUGCAGGAUAAGUUAAAAGUGCCAGAAAGUGACAACAACAAAACCAGCAAUAGUUCUCAGGUCUCGACUGAACAGGAGAAGAUUGAUGCUUAUAAACUUUUGAAAACAGAAAUGACUCUGGACUUGAAAACCAAAUUUGGCUCAACUGCCGAUGCACUUGUAUCAGAUGAUGAGACAACCAGACUUGUUACUUCGCUAGAGGAUGAUUUUGAUGAGGAAUUGGAUGCUGAGUAUUACACAGUGGGGAAGGAAGAAGAGGAGAGUAGAGAAAACUUCGAUGAGCUGCCAUUACUAACCUUUAUAGGUGGAGAAGAUACGACAGCUCCAGCGAACUCUGGAGUGGAGAAACAUUCAACAGAGCAGAAUUCAAAUGAAGAGCAUAAAGUUGAGGAAACUCAGACCCCUGGUGUCAACAAUGGUGAUAAAAAUAUCCUGACAAGCUGGGAAGAGACCAUCUUCUCUGAUGUCCCAGAGGGUAGAGAAAACACAGGUACAGAUUUAGAGAGUACGGAGUCAAAGGAAGAAGAGGAGGGGGAUGUUGCAUUAGUCCUAGACAGCAAACUGGGGAAACCACAACGAGCAGUAGAUCACAUUGACCCUGAAAAGGCAGCAGACGGCCUUUUGAAUGUAGAAGUCCCGAAAACAAAUAACGACAAGGACCCGGAAGUGGACACAGAACUUCACAUUAAAGGAAGAGGGAGGAAGGUUGAGGAACCCAAGAGGGACCUGGUGCAGGAUGAGGUGGGGUUAGAGGAUGAGAGGCGAGAAGGCGUGACUGUGCGUGGUUCUCCUCAAAGCGGCCACCUCGGCUCUUCGCCAGCCGCCGGAAAGGGCACAGAAACAUUAAAACCAGCCUUUGCUAACCAAGAGAAUGACCUAACAGGAGCAGCUGUUCACAUCGCAAAAGAAAUGCUCCAUGAAGAAAAGCCUGGAGGGCAGAGUUUGGAGGGUGCCUCAGAGAGGGAAUGGGUACCCAAAGCGGCAGGGACUCAAAGGGACGAAGGAAAGAUUAAACAGGAGUCCGUGGCUGUGGCUCCACUCUUGGGCGGUCAUCAGCAUAAUGCUUCCAAAGAGAGCAUGCAGGAGGUAGAUGCUUUGGUAAACAGACCAAAACCACACGUGCUCUCGGGGGAGCAUCCAAGUGAGGAACUUAUAAAGGAAUGGCUUCUUAAACCUCAAAAUCAGACUAGAUCCUCCUCCCCAGGUGAAACUGGUUUGCCAGGAAAACCAGAAGAAGAGGGUCCCAUCCUGGGCAGAAAUCUUUCCUGGCAGCAAGGAGAUGUGGCUGCCGCGGUUAAUAAGCAAGCGAGGGAGAAGAGAAGGCUCUCUGAGGAAGAGGUCACAGCGGACACCUCAGGCGGAGGGCACAAGCCACUGCCGGCCACGCAGGAGGUAGGAAAAACGGGCCAAACUCAUAGCACAGAAGGACCAGGUUUCCACACUGAAAAGCCAGAAGCAGAAGAUGACGAUUACAGCCCCGAAGAGCUACUGGAGGAUGAAAAUGCUGCAAGUGCAAAACGGUCUAAAGAAGAAAGCCCUGAGAUUCAGGACAAGAGGUUAGAUGUUGACCUUCAAGUCCCUGAAAAAGCUGUCUUAGGCGCCAUUAAGACUGAUCCUGAAACUGAAGAAAACAAAGAAGAAACUAGUAAUAUAUUAGAACAUGAAAGAAGAAAUGAGACUGCAGGUAAAGGGGUAGACAGUCUAGGCAGGGACCCAGGUAGUCCUAUAGUGGGCAAAGAAGAAAGCGCUCACGUGGCUCAGGAAGCUCAGAGACCCUCUGAAGGAAGUGACUUUCCUGGCAAGAAAGAAAAUCAGACUCCGGAGUUCAGUGAAGCGCCUCAGAACAAAGAUCCUGAUUCUCUUAAAGAAGACAAUCUUGAGGAACACCUGAAGACCUCGGGGCUCGCAGAGAGGCCUGGGAUAGAGCUCUCGAAGGAGGGUGAGGGGGCUGCACAGAAACUCGCGGACGCAGGAAGCCGGGGGUCUGCUUCUGAGGACCACGAUGAUGACCCAUUCCCCUGGGCUCCACAUGCACCCACGCAGCCUGGGCAUGGUGUCCACGUGGAGGACUUGCCCAUAAUCAGCAGUUUCUUCAAAGACCAGCAGUCUCUGCAGCGGUUCCAGAAGUACUUUGACGUCCAUAAGCUGGAAGCCAUGUUCCAGGAAAUGUCAUCCAAGCUGAAGUCGGCACAGCGGGAGAGCCUGCCCUAUAAUGUGGAGAAAGUCCUAGAUAAGGUCUUUCGUGCUUGGGAGUCACGCAUUCUGAGCGAGGCAGAGAAGAUGCUCGACGCUCGUGUGAUGGAAAAUGGAGACCUGGGGGUGAAGGACAGUAGCAUCUUUGAAGAGGCUGCAGUGCUAGAUGACGUUCAAGACCUGAUCUAUUUUGUCAGGUACAAACACUCCACGGUGGAGGAGACUGCAGCCCUGGCAGAAGCACAGCCUGCAGAGGAAGGCUGGGGUGGACCAGUGGAAGAAAUACAACCACCGCUGGAGGAGAGUAUUCCACGGGAGGACACAGAAGUUCUUAUAAUGCAGAUUCCUGAAGAGCCCAGCCACUUGGAUCAACCCAUGACCAGUGACGUGGGUACAUCAGAAGUGUCCCAGGAGCCAAAUACUGAGACAGCUGGAGACCCAGGGAUAAUUACAACAGAAGUCACUCCUGUCGAUGCUGCUGAUGAACGAAAGCAACUAGAAACAAAUGCUGAAGAACCGUCACGUGUCACACCUUUGGAAAAUGCAGUUCUUUUCAUAUAUUCAUUCAUGUUCCAUUUAACGAAGACGCUAGUUGCUACAUUGCCUGAUGAUGUUCAGCCUGGGCCUGAUUUUUAUGGACUGCCCUGGAAGCCUGUACUGACCACUGCCUUCUUAGGAACUGUUUCAUUUGCCAUUUUCUUCUGGAGAACUAUCCUUGCUGUAAAGAAUAGAGUAUAUCAAGUCACUGAACAGCAAAUUUCUGAGAAGUUGAAGAAUAUCAUGAAAGAAAAUGCAGAGCUUGUACAAAAACUAUCAAGUUAUGAGCAGAAGAUAAAGGAAUCAAAGAAACAUGUUCAAGAAACCAAGAAACAAAACAUGAUUCUCUCUGAUGAAGCAAUUAGAUUUAAGGAUAAAAUCAAGAAUCUCGAAGAAACUAAUGAAAUUCUGGGUGACACAGCUAAAAGUUUGCGUGCUAUGUUAGAAUCUGAGAGAGAACAGAAUGCGAAGAAUCAGGACUUGAUAUCAGAAAACAAGAAAUCUGUAGAGAAGUUAAAAGAUGUUAUUUCAGUGAAUGCCUCAGAAUUUUCAGAGGUUCAAAUUGCCCUUAAUGAAGCUAAACUUAGUGAAGAGAAAGUGAAGUCUGAAUGCCAUCGGGUUCAAGAAGAAAAUGCUAGACUUAAGAAGAAGAAAGAGCAGUUGCAGCAAGAAAUCAAAGACUGGAGUAAAUCACAUGCUGAGCUCAGUGAACAAAUCAGAUCAUUUGAGAAGUCUCAGAAAGAUUUGGAAGUAGCUCUCACUCACAAAGAUGAUAAUAUUAAUGCUUUGACUAAUUGCAUUACACAGUUGAAUCAGUUAGAUUGUGAAUCUGAAUCUGAGGGUCAAAAUAAAGGAGGAAAUGAGUCAGAUGAAUUAGCAAAUGGAGAAGUGGGAGGUGACCGGAGUGAGAAGGUGAAAAAGCAGAUUAAGCAGAUGAUGGACAUUUCUCGGACACAGACUGCAAUAUCAGUAGUUGAAGAGGAUCUAAAACUUUUACAAUUUAAACUUAGAGCCUCCAUGUCCACUAAAUGUAACCUGGAAGACCAAAUAAAGAAAUUAGAGGAGGAUCGCAAUUCCCUGCAGUCUGCCAAAGCUGUACUGGAAGAUGAAUGCAAAACACUGAGGCAGAAAGUGGAGAUUCUGAAUGAGCUCUAUCAGCAGAAGGAGAUGGCUCUGCAAAAGAAAUUGAGUCAAGAAGAGUAUGAGCGGCAGGAAAGAGAGCAGCGGCUGUCAGCUGCAGAUGAAAAGGCGGUUUUGGCGGCAGAGGAGGUGAAAACUUACAAGCGGAGAAUUGAAGAAAUGGAGGAAGAAUUACAGAAAACAGAGCGUUCAUUUAAAAACCAGAUCGCUACUCAUGAGAAAAAAGCUCACGAUAACUGGCUCAAAGCUCGUGCUGCAGAAAGAGCUAUAGCUGAAGAGAAAAGAGAAGCUGCCAACUUGAGACACAAAUUACUGGAACUAACCCAAAAGAUGGCAAUGCUGCAAGAAGAACCCGUGAUUAUAAAACCAAUGCCAGGAAGACCCAACACACAGAACCUUCCACGGAGAGGUCCUCUGAGCCAGAACGGCUCUUUUGGCCCCUCUCCUGUGAGUUGUGGAGAAAGCUCCCCGCCACUGACAGCAGACCCACCCGCAAGACCUCUGUCUGCUACGCUUAACCGAAGAGAGAUGCCUCCAAGUGAAUUUGGGUCAGUGGAUGGGCCUCUACCUCGUCCUCGAUGGUCAUCUGAGGCAUCUGGGAAACGCUCUGCCUCUGAUCCAGAAUCCGGUGCAGCUCCCAUGAUGAACAGUAGCUCAAGAAGCUCUUCCCCCUCUAAGGUGAUGGAUGAGGGCAAGGUUAAUACGGCUGCAAAAGGGCCCCCUCCUUUUCCAGGGGCGUCCCUCAUGAGCUCCCCCGUGGGAGGCCCUCUCCUGCCGCCCAUUCGAUACAGACCUCCUCCUCAACUCUGCGGCCCUUUUGGGCCCCGGCCACUUCCUCCGCCCUUUGGUCCUGGUUUGCGUCCACCACUAGGCUUAAGAGAAUAUGCACCAGGCGUUCCACCAGGAAAACGGGACCUGCCUCUUGACCCUCGAGAAUUCUUACCAGGACAUGCACCUUUUAGACCUUUAGGCUCUCUUGGCCCAAGAGAGUACUUUAUCCCUGGUACCCGAUUACCACCCCCAACCCACAGCCUCCAGGAUUAUCCACCUUCCUCUGCUGCAAGAGACUCACCGGCUUCCGGCUCCAGAGGUGAGCCCCCGCCUGCCUCUCAGAGCACUAGCCAGGGCUGUUCGCAGGCUUUCAAACAGAGCCCGUAACUGACCUCGGACGUUUAGUCUGAGAGAAAGUGGACUGUGCGCUGUUCAUGACGGUAGAGGAUUUUCACUGGCUUCAAAAUCCAAAAGUUGAUUUUAAAAGGUUUGUUUUUAGAACUAAGCUGCCCUGGCAGUGUGCAUUUUUGAGCCAAACAGUUAAAAAAUAUCAUUUCCCCCCGCCCCAAAAUAAAAAUCACCUUGUAAGCUGGAGCCUCCUUACAACUUUGAAAUGUGCAAUAAAGAAUACCUGUGUUUUAGUUAAUGUAGUAUAUGUAACUGCUAAAUGAUUCAGAAUGUCGUGAAAAAUAUGAACAUUUCCUGUGGAAAUGCUAUAAGAACAUGUAUUUCCAUUUAUUAUCCUAUUUUUAGUGUACACCAGUUGAAUACAGAGCAACAGUAUUUAUAAGCUUGAUUUUUAAAAAAUAUCUGGUCGUAAAAACUGUUACGCUAAAAAUGUUUACUAAAAGAUCGCUAAACUUUUAUCUCCCCUCUUGCUGAAGUUCUUUGUAGUAAUAGUUCAUAAAAAUUUGGUUAUUAAUAUUUCCCAAGUGUCUGUUGAUUGUUUUCUCACGAGACUUGUACCGUUUUGGAAACAUGUAAACUCAAGCUCCCAGAACUGAAGAUGGUGACCUGGCAGCACACUUCCCUGGCUCACUGCUCAUGAGUUCAACCUCAAAGUCACCGGGAAGCACCACAACUGAUAUGUCUUCCUUCUACUACAAAGAA